UCUCCCGGCAGGCCGCGGGGCGGGGGGGGCAGAGCGGGGCGGUGAGGGGCCGUGAGGGGCCGCCAUGGCGCAGGGCGCCGCCGCCUCCCGGCCGCCGGGGGACGUGGAGGCCGACGAGUGCCUGCGGGAGUACCGGCACCUCUGCAGCCCCGACAUCCUGGCGGGCCAGGUGGCCUUCAUCACCGGCGGCGGCUCCGGCAUCGGCUUCCGCAUCGCAGAGAUCUUCAUGAGACACGGCUGCCGCACUGUCAUCGCCAGCAGGAGCCUGCAGCGGGUGUCGGAGGCCUCAAAAAAGCUGGUGGCAGCCACGGGGCAGCAAUGCCUGCCCCUGGCCGUAGACGUCAGGCAGCCUCAAACCAUCGUGGCUGCGGUGGACGAGGCGCUGAGAGAGUUCAAGCGCAUCGACAUCCUGGUUAAUGGUGCUGCGGGGAACUUCCUGUGCCCAGCCAGCUCCCUGUCCUUCAAUGCCUUCAAAACCGUGAUGGAUAUCGACACGCUGGGCACCUUCAACACCUCCAAAGUCCUCUUCGAGAAAUAUUUCCGGGACCACGGCGGGGUCAUCAUUAACAUCACGGCCACCCUGGGCUACCGAGGGCAGGCUCUCCAGGUGCACGCCGGCACUGCCAAGGCCGCUAUAGACGCCAUGACCCGUCACCUUGCUGUGGAGUGGGGUCCCAAUAACAUCCGAGUCAACAGCCUGGCACCGGGCCCCAUCACGGGCACCGAGGGCUUCCGCCGCCUGGGUGGAAAAUUUGCUGAAGAAUCCAGGCGGUUUGACACCAUCCCCCUUCACCGCGCGGGGAACAAGACGGAGAUCGCCCACAGCGCCCUGUACCUGGCGAGCCCCCUCUCCUCCUACGUGACGGGCACCACCCUGGUGGUGGACGGCGGGAGCUGGCUCACCUCUGCCAACGACUUCCCCGCCUUGCUGGGUAUUGCUUCAUCCUCUGCUAAGCUCUAGAUUUCUGGGCUGCGGGAGCGAACCCAAAUCCCUGACGGACAGCCUGGGACCGACCCACGGACAGAACCAGACCCAAUGCUGCUGCCCCGCGACGUCUCGGGGUGGCAGUGAGCAGCGGGGGUGCUGCUGGGGGCACGGGCUCAGCCUCGGCGCUCCUGGGGGCACACUGGGAGCGAAUCCCAGCGGGUUUGGGGUCGCCCCGAGCCCCGUGGGGCUGUCCCGGAGCUGGGCUGCGAGCGGGUUGCUCCUUCCCCCAAGCCCCCAAUAAAGGAUUUCUCUGCGGA